GCCUUGAACAGCAAACCAACUCACCACCCCUGACACUAUGAGCUACUACGGCAGCUACUACGGAGGCCUGGGCUUUGGCUAUGGAGGCUUUGGUGGCCUGGGCUAUGGCUAUGGCUGUGGAUGUGGCAACUUCCGUGGACUGGGCUACGGCAGUGGCUAUGGAGGCUACGGAUACGGCUACCACCCGUCAUUCUAUGGAAGAUACGGAUUCUCUGGCUUCUACUGA